GUGACGUUUGUCACAGCGCUGCGACGUCACCGGUUGGAAGCGGAAGUGGCUGUCAGGUCUGUGGCUGUAGAUGAAGACGUGAAAGGAGUCUGAAAAAUGUUUAGAAAUACUUAUAAACCUGUAAAAAGGACAGUUUUACUCCAGCAGUCAUGAAGACAGUGUUUGUGACCGUCGGCACCACAAGCUUUGAUGACCUCAUUGAAAGCAUCACGUGUCCAGAGACAGUUCAGGCUUUAAAGGCUCGUGGAUAUGAGCGUUUGGUUCUUCAAGUUGGAAGAGGAUCUCUUCUGCCUGCUGCUGACAGCUGUCCACACGUCAGACUGGAGGCUUUUCGAUUCAAAAGCUCUAUAGCAGAAGACAUCGCGCAGGCGGACCUCGUUAUCAGCCAUGCAGGGGCAGGAAGUUGCUUGGAGGUGCUCGGUGCAGGCAAGCCUCUGCUGGUGGUAGUCAAUGACAAGCUGAUGGACAACCACCAGCUGGAGCUGGCCAGACAGCUACACAUGGACUCCCACUUGUUGUACUGCACGUGCAGUUCAGAGAGUUCAAGGCAUAUCUGCACCUUCAGAUGGAACAAAGGCUGCACUGGUUCAGUUCAGCAAAGACAAAGAACCGGGUAGAUGUCAAACCACAGAUGGAAGUCAGGACCUAAAGCUCUUACCUUAGAUAAUCCUGAGAGCCAUGUCCAUCUUGAUCACAGUGCAAAGUAGGUGAUUGUGCUCUUGACACAUCCUUCCUGUAUCUCCCUUGUAAUUCUUUAAUUGUUAUCCAGCCAAUGCAUUUAGGGUGUGCUGACCUCAGUCAAUUUAUGUAUUUACUUGCUGAUUUGUAAAUCUAAAGAGACCGUGUGGAAAAGUCAUGCUCAAUGCGAACAACUGAUUUUGGACGAAACAAGUUAUGGCAUCCAUUUUAUGGAGAUGUACCACUUGUAGUCUUUGUGGCAUGAAGGGAAAGUGACAGCCUUUGCUAAUAACGGCUCCUAAAUAAUUUAUCUUGUCAGGACAUUUUGAUGAUUAUGAAUUAAUCCCUCAAUUAGUAGACUGUACACACAGGAUUAAAUAUUUUAAAAUAUAUGUAUUGGUUCGUUUGAAUGUAUAAUUGAUUUACAGUCUACUGUUUUGUUUGUGUGUGAAUGCAUGUGGUAUCGUUGGUUCUCUUCAGACGUCUGUUUGGGUUCUUGUGUUGCUCUAAUUCUUUUGUUUCUUUCUAUGUUUAUGCAUUCCCAGAACUAUAGACUGUUAUUUUACUGAAGGCCAAGGGACUUAGCCCAACACUUGCUGGAUGAAACCAAAAUAAAAUGUAAAUAAAGGACUGUAUAUUUCA